AUGAGUGGAUGUGAAUCACCGCCGGCAAAUUUGCGACGAACGAAAGUAUCGCAGAUCCUCCACGGUCUUGCCUCCGACCCUCUGACAGGCCUGUUGUUUGUCGCCGCUCCCUGUCGUUAUCCGCCACCAUUUCUGCUUCUCUUCCGGAUUCCGCUCCGCGAUUCUAGCCCGCCUGCAGUUACGCCAGUUAAGGUUUGCGUUCCUCAGUCGCAAAGUGUGGUUGCGAUUUUCUAUUACUGGCGCUGCACAGAAGCUAGGUAUGAGCGCGCCCGCCGCUGCCAAACUCCGGCCACCAUCACUCUGAAACUCGGUGCUUUCUUUUGCGACAUCAGGCGCAUCAUCCUCCGCAUCACCGUCCCGCCGACUGGAAUCUCCGCGUCAAAAAGCUCCAUGUGA